AUGUCCAACAUUCACAAACAAGUAUGGCUCAUCACCGGCGCCUCGUCCGGGCUCGGUAAAUCGCUUGCGAUGGAGGCGUUGGAAAAAGGACACACCGUGCUCGGCACCACCCGAGAAAUACAAAAGGCACAACAGACUUUCCCCGAGUUUGAAAACAAUGGUGGUUUAUGGUAUGCCUUGGACCCUGGCAGUGUCGAUGCAUACGACCAAGCAUCGAAAAUAUCAAAAGAUCACGAUGUUGGCGUGUUGGUGAACAACGCCGGCUAUGCGUUUAUUGGGGGCGUGGAAGAUACGAGUGAGGACGAGGUGCGCUCACAAAUGGAAGUGAAUUUCUACGGUCCCCUUCGCAUCAUUCGAGCAUUCCUUCCAAGGAUGCGUGCGAAGCAAUCGGGAACCGUUGUUCUAAUAAGCAGUGGCGCUGGAUUUAUCGCAAGACCAGGUCGUGGUACGUAUUCCGCAAGCAAGUUCGCGAUCGAAGCGAUUCACGAGUCCCUUUCCCACGAAGUCAAAAGUUUCGAUAUUCGAGUGUUAAUCGUGGAACCGGGUGCUUUUCGCACGCCCUUUGUUAAUCGUAUCAUCACACCUGCUGCGUACCAGAGUGUUGGAGGCUUCAGCCCCGGGUAUCGAGGUACCAUUGUCGAGCAGAUGGUUCGUGGGAUGAGCAACGGGGAGGAAUUUCUGAAUCUUGUGAAAGGGGAUCCGCAGAAAGCUGCGAGAGUGAUCUUGAAGGCCGUGGCGGAGGGACACGAGUACCUGCGCUUGCCUCUGGGGACUGACUGUGUUGUGGCAUUGGAAAGCAAGAUUGCCAGUCUGCAACGGGACUUGGAUUCGACGAGGGAGAUGGCGCGUUCUACUGAUGUGGAGUGA